UUGGACACUUGCUGUCUGCCUGUGAGAGCAGGUCUUACUCUGGAAAGGAAAAACAAUGAUUAUAAAGUGUGGACAACAUCAGUAGCAGGAACAGGAGCGACUGAAGAGACAAGAAAGCAUCAAAGGGUAUAAUUCUUGCUUUUAUUUUUGGAGAUUCCUGUUGGCCUAACUUCUGUUAUUUGUCUGUGGAUGCCUCGGCAGAAGAUGAUAGAGACGCUGGAUCAGAGCUCGUGCACUGAGGAUCGGAUCCAUCAUGUCCUCGAGCGCUGCCUCAGUGACCUGGGGAUCGACACUCCCGACACACAACUCUGGAAAGCUGGACUGUGCUUAAACCGCUGGUGUUUGGAGGAACUUGUAAAGAGAGAUCCACACAACUUCCUCAUCCUCCUACAGAAAAUACUGAGGAAAACAAAUGAGGUGCUGGAUGAGUGUCAGUAUGAACUGGUGGUGCCGCUCACUCUUCUGUUCUCCUCCACCCUCCUGAAAGCUCCUUAUGUGCCAACAGACUGCGGCGUGCUGCAGGAGGCCUACCUGUUGUUCCAUAGUUUCUUGGCCUGGCCCGAGCCGUGCAGUUCUGCCGCUAAACGUCUGCUAAAUAUCAUCCAGCAGGAGCUCCGAGCACCAGGUAUUUCAUUUCAAAGACUGGUGAGGACAGAGCAGGGUAUUUCACAUGGGAUUCACUGCUCUAAAACCAUAACGGUGCUGUUGGUGAGCCCAGAUGAUGACGUUCCUCCAGAGGUCGAGUCUGUCUCUGAGCAGCUGAGUGCUUUCCACCAUUCCAGCAGAGACGUCACCAUCACUCUGAUCCUGCACAGCUUUCAGGCAGCUCUGGGUACCAAACAUGACCUGCAGGAACUCUGCAAAGCCCUGCAGAGUAAGCAGUCUGAAGAGCUGGAGCAGAUCCUGAAGGCACUGACUGAAAGUAUGGAGAUGGCAGCCUCUGCAGCAGAUCUUAAAUCAGCUAGAGAGGGUCUCCUCCAAAGCAUGGAGAGGCUCCGUGAAAGUCUUGCUGUGCCUGCUCCUGCUGAUGACUGCACAGACACUGGGGCUGCUGAGAUUUUCAUGUUGCCCUUCCCGAAAUGCCACAAAUGCCUCUGGGAAAAUGAAAACUUUGAUGUUCUGAAACACAUCCUUGGAGCUGAUUAUGGCAUGGAUUCAACAGAUUGUUUCCAUAAAACUGGACUGGACGAUGAUGAAAAUAACGACACUAGCCUGGAUGAGGAAGACGAACUGGAAGGAAACAAAGAGGAUCACGAGUUUCAAAGCCAUCGCAUCUCCACUGCAUCCUCGUCCUCCAGGGACUCCGGCUACUCUCUCUCCUCCAGCUGGUCGGUGCCAUCUGGUUCAUCAGGUGUGGAAUCAGGUGAGGAGACAACGCAGGAGGACAUAGAGGAAGGACAAGGCAGCCAGCCAAAACCUAGAAAGAAACCCAAGAAGAAGUCCAGAUCCCUCCUCGGCUUCUCGUUGCUUUUCAAGACCCCUCGCAGUCCUAAGGUUUGCCGCCGUGUCCAGAGCAUGGCCUACCACAGCGAAAUCAGCAAAGACUUUCAAAAAACUAGAUCACAGCUCAAACAGGCUCAUCCUCUCCAUGCGUCCCCUGCUCCCUUAGAUCCUCUUUCCCCACAGAAGCAUUUGUGCAUCCGCAGGAGGCCGAUCCUGAGCUGCAGUGAGGAGGAUCUGGUAGAAGUGCCUACCCUUGUCAAAGUGGUGGUGUUUGGAGGUGACAGAGAGGCUGGGAGGCUGGCCAGAGCCUACAGUGACCUGCAGCAGAAAGAGAGUAAAUGUCCCCAACUGACCAAGAUGUGCAAACUGCAGUUUUACUUUGUUCCCACCAAAAGGAGAGCUGGAAGUCCAGGAGGAGGGCACACACCAACUGAAGAACGGAUAGCAGUUUUAACCAAAACCGCUACCUCUGUGGAUUCAAAUGGCCCUGUACUGGAUGACAGUACAACUGAUAUAGCCCUCAUGAUGGGUAUAAUGGAUCCCUGGUAUGAACGAAAUGUCCUCAGCCUGCUCAGCUUGUCCUCUGACGUGCUCUGUCAGGCAGCCUCUAAGGAUGACGCCGUCUCACACAGCAACGGCAGCGUGGAGCAGCUUCCCCUGCUGGCUGACUUGGUGCUUUAUUACUGCAGACAUGCAGACCAGCCUGUUCUGGUGCAGCUUUACCAGGUUGAGCUCACCCUGGUUGGAGGAGAGAGGAGAAGGGAAGUGUUUAUUCAGUCUCUGGAGCUCGGACACACCGCUGGAAUCAGAGCUGUGAAGGCCAUGGGUGCUGCCAGCAAAAGGUUCGGAAUUGAUGAAGAGCGAGAGGCUGUCCCUUUAACGCUGAGCGCUGCAUACAACAAGGUGGCAAUUAGUGGGAGGAGCCAGUGUAUCCAGACAGAAAUAGUCUGCACAUCGAUUAAUCUCCACAAACAGUGCAGGACACCCCAGGAGCUCGAUUCAACGGACAGUCUGCAGAUGACGAUGACAGAAGUCCUGAAGAGGCAGUGCUCCAAGUCCAAAAAGGGCUACAAGCAGCACAUUUCAGUAUCAGAAGCGAAGGUGGACAAGCUGCAAGUGGAAUGCAGAGAUGCUGGGACAACUUUUGCUGUGUGUCUGGAUCAGGAUGAAAAGAAGUUUAUCCAAAGUGUCACCAGGUGUGAGGUGUCUCUGUGCUGCAAAGCAGGAAGCGGCUUGGACUGGAGGACCUACAAGCCACUGCUAGGCCAAGUUCAGCCUCUGCACCCGUCCUACUGCUCCAUGCUCUGCCUCCCCAUCACCUCAUUCUCUGCCUCAUAUCCGUGAUGCACUCGAUGCAACGCUAAAAAAGAAAAAAAUAGUGGAAGUCAUUAUAAUGCUGGAAUGUUUAAACCAAAAGAAUCAGGACACGGACGCUGCACAGCUGGAGAAAAUAAACAGACUAAAACAGUGACAUUUUUUUCAGGUGUGCCGUCUAAUUUAGGUUAAGGUGUGCCACACUGUUUAGUGAGGAAGUGUACGCGUGCUUUUUGACUGACACAAGAACACUCACUGUGUUUGAAGGAAUGUGGGUGUACCUGUUGGCUUGUUGGGGGUUUCACAGGUUCUUCUCUCAAUAAAAUAUGUAAGUUAUCUGCUGUCAGUAAUUUAAAACUGAUUACUUGAGUACUACUGUGUACAUUUUUGAUCCAUGACAGUCAAUAAUAAUGUGUAAUAAAGUAAGCUAUUUAUUUUGAUGGGUUUUUUUUAUAUC